CCGGGGGCCGAUGUUAUUUUUUUUUUUUUUUUUAGUAGCUGACGAUACAGUGGGAGUUGUGAUUGUGCACACAUAGUACUUUUUUUGGAAACAUUGCUAAAGCAUGCGUUAAAUACAGUGUACCGAUGUCUCCAAUAGGAUAACAAAAGCGGCUUGUCGUCGGGGAUGCCUCGAUCGGAUACGAAGAAGUCGGGAUUUUUUAAGGGUGUGCUAGAUGGACUACGGUCGUCGGUAUCCCAGCCCGUCAAAGCAGAAGCCGACGUCGAGGAAGGUCUACGGCCGGACCACUUUCAGGUUGCCAAGACUGUGCGGCAUGGCUUCCCUUUCCAACCAACGGCAUUGGCCUUUGACCCUGUGCAGAGGGUGCUGGCCAUCGGGACAAAGAAUGGCUCCAUGCGACUUAUUGGUAGGCCUGGGGUAGAAUGCACAGUACAACAUGUGCUGGAAUAUGCUGUGAUACAGAUUAUGUUUCUAGUGAAUGAGGGCGCGUUAAUCAGUGUGUGUGCGGAUGAUACUCUUCAUCUAUGGAACUUGAGGCAGAAGAGGCCUGAAAUAGUGCAUACCCUAAAGUUUCAGAAAGAAAGAAUCACCUAUUGCCACCUCCCAUUCCAAAGCAAGUGGUUGUACAUUGGGACGGAACGGGGAAACUUGCAUGUAGUCAACAUAGAAACAUUUUCAGUGUCUGGUUAUAUAAUCAACUGGAACAAGGCAAUUGAGUUGUCUCGGAAAACACACCCUGGAGCUGUGGUGCACGUCAGCGACAAUCCUGUCGACUCAAACAAGCUGCUAAUCGGCUUUGACACAGGGGCCAUGGUCUUGUGGGACCUCCGUAGUCGAAUGGCAGAGAUGAGGUAUCAACACUCAGAACCCUUACACUCAGUAACGUGGCAUCAUGAAGGAAAGCAGUUCAUGUGCAGUCAUGCUGACGGUAGCUUAACAACGUGGAACAUCCGUGGACCCAAUAAACCGUGCAACGUCAUGUUUCCACAUGCAAGGACCACAAAGGACGGGAAGCCUGACCCUUGUAAAUCAAUCUACAAGGUUGAGUGGAAGACUAUGAGAGGAACGGAUUCCUUCAUAAUUUUCUCUGGUGGUCUUCCUUACGACAAGAGUUCUCAGACGCAAGCUCUGACAGUGAUUCAUGCAAAAACCACGACCGUUCUCGAGAUGGAGCACAACAUUGUUGACUUUGUAACACUUUGCGAGACUCCCUUUCAGAGUGAUUUCCAUGAACCCUAUGCCAUUGUGGUACUCCUGCAGAAUGAUUUGGUAGUUGUUGACCUAACAAGUCCAGGAUACCCCCUGUUCCAGAACCCAUAUCCCAUGGACCUGCAUGAGUCACCAGUUACAUUCUGCACCUACCUGGCCGACUGCCCAACAGAUCUCAUCCCCGCGUUUUAUUCCUGCGGCUGCAAGAGCAGCAAAAGGACAGGCUUUUCUGACAAGGAGUGGCCAAUCAACGGUGGAGAGUGGGGCACCUCGACUGUUAGCUACCCUGAGAUCAUCCUGACUGGACAUGCGGAUGGCUCUCUGAAAUUCUGGGAUGCUUCCUCUGUGACGCUGCAAGUGCUGUACCGACUAAAGACAUCGAAAGUGUUUGAGAAACCAAAGAGAAGCAGCCGAGAGAUGGCAGAUGACGACCCUUUUGCAGUUGAGAAAGUUGCCUUCUGUGCUGAGAGCCGUGUCCUGGUGGUUGCUGGCUCAAGCUUCUACGUUCUAGUUUUCAAUUUCAAGAAGUCCGAAGCAUCCAUCGAGGUGGAGGUCUUGGAGACUCCCAUACUGUACGAGGUGGAUGAUGAGGGGGACUGCUCUCCUGAGUGUGAAUACCGUCAGGCAUCACAGCAAGGUUCCUGCCAUAGUGCCUUGGAUGAAGCAGCUAAAAAGGCUGGUUCUGAGCAUUACACUUCUUUGACUGUGAAGUCUGGUGCCCAGAAAUGGAGUGCGGGUUUUCAACCCUCGCUGGCGUGUAUGCUUCCUUGGGUCCGUGGAGAAACGCCUGGACACAUCACCGCUCUCUGUGUCAACUCAACAUACAAUCUAUUAGCUUACGGAAAUGAGUGUGGCCUAGUCAUUGUAGAUCUCACCAUGAAGACUUGCGUGCUAAACCUUGGAACGCCAGAUUUGUAUGGUUCAUCUGACCCAUACCAGAGGGUGCCACGAUCACCCAAACGCAAUGCAAUACUACAAGCAAACGACAGCACUGCUGUGGAACAGGAGAGGUGUCGAUCUCCCAGCUCAGACCAGAUUAAUGGUCUUUGCGUUAGUCCCACGACCGCUGCCCAGUCGGCACAGUCUCGGAAGCAGACAGAAACACGCCGCACUAAGACGCGCAAACUUCAGAAACUUCCCACCAUGGUUUCCACAGAUGAACCGCCCUGUUUCAACACUCUCCAAGGAAACCCUCAAACACCUAGAAAUGAACGACAAGGUCUCAAGUCUCCGAGCGUGGCUUACCAGCGAGAUGACAAGAUCGACAGCUCCUUCUCACGUUCGAGAAGUUCAAGCAUGUCUAGUUUAGACAACGUCAGCUCCGAGGCCAUUCUCUGCUUGAGCUUCGCAGAAGCCUUCUGUAGGAAAAGUGACUCAAUGACAUUUCCCAGCCUGUGGGUUGGCACCAGUCUGGGAUCAGUGCUCGCAGUUUCCCUCACUCUUCCAAGCGAGUCUCGGCAGUCUCAGCCUGUGAUAGCCUCCCCAAGUGGCACCAUAUUCCGGCUGAAGGGAUCAAUCCUGUCCAUCUCCUUCUUGGACGCCAAUGGAGUUCUAAUGCUGCCCCUCAGUGAGCAGUGGAAGGACCGAACAGACUCUCGCGAGCGAGACGACAGGCGCACUCGUUCGUACAGUGCUCGUGCACGGGUUUCUCCCACCACAUCGUUGUCGUCUGAGCCCCGGGACGCCCAAUUUGCUGUGCUGGCCAGCGAGAAGCAGGCACGCAUCUUUGCUCUGCCAUCACAGACCUGCCUCUCCAAAGCAACCCUCACAGAAACCUCCUUUGUUGUCUGUACAGAAGUCCUCUCCAUCAGGACCGUUGACACUGCGUGCCUGGUGUGUUAUAUAGCGAAUGGAAAUAUUGUUGUGUACAGCCUUCCAAGCCUUAAACCACUUUAUGAAACCGACUUCCUGCCAUUAGUAGAUAUGCGAAUUGCCAGAACGUUUUGUUUUAGUAAAAAUGGCCACGGCAUGUUUUUGUGUUCCCCGUCUGAGCUGCAGAAAUUCACCAUUUCGUCUGAUUUCUGUGCCAAUUUGCAGGAGAUGCUGGGAACAAUAUUUUUAACAAAGGAAAUGCCUGAGGCGCCCAAGCAGAGCUUCUUCCGUGGCUUGUUUGGAGGCGGUACUAGUGUUCUAGACCGCGAAGAACUUUUUGGAGAAGCUAGCGGCAAAGCGUCUAAAGCCUUGGCCCGCCACAUACCAGGCAAUGCUGCAAAUGUUGAUGCAAUCAGGGCUCAAGCUGGUACUCUAAGUGGUGAACUCCUGCGGGCACGACAGGGCCUAACGGAGCGUGGCGAAGCUCUGUCCCAACUGGAGGAGCGCACAGGACGAAUGAUGACAGAGGCGGAGAGCUUUGCCAACACCACCCACCAGCUCAUGAAUAAGUACAAGGAUAAGAAGUGGUACCAGUUCUAGGAGAUUCUCUGUUCGUCGUCGUGCCUCCACACUGUGAUUCGCCCUCGUUUUUUUUUUUUUUUUUUUGCCAUCCCUGAUUUGUCUUGCAUAGGAAGAAAAGCAUCGAUAUUUGUCACACUGUUAAACCCUGUGUAUAUACAUAUAUGUAGCAUCAGAACACAGCUUGUCUCAGGACUCCCAUGUUUUUGGCUGUUUCCUCUAAUGUACUAUCUUUGUAAAAUGCUCAGAAGCCGUCAAGGCAUUCCUCUGUUGACCAAAAUCCCGGGCCUAAAUUUGUUGCCUUGCCGGCUGGGAUGUUUGGAAUGCCUGUUGGUUUUUGCGGGAGGAAUGAUUGCAUGUGUAUCACUGUUUUAGCCACUAACUGUGCUUAGGAAUAUUUGUAUAGCGUCGACCAGCAUUUUUGCUGUCUCUAUUUUGCUGCGUGAUGUUGUCGAGGGCUAGCACUCUGUUUUCUCUCGUUACGGUAGAUUCACGUGCGUAUUUACGUCAAACUUUUGAUGGGCAGCAAAUUUUAGAUAUUUAAUCUCCUUCUGAAUUUCAACUCGCAGCUGCAGUUUGGAUAGAGAUCUUAAAUGCAUUCAGUACCAAUGGUUAUAGCUUCUGUUUCCUCUUUGCUGUUGAACCACAGAACCAACAUCUGGGGCUGAAUCCCAAUGGGCGAAGUCCCAAGUUUCAAUAUAGAAGAAUGUUUUGUAACAUAACAGUAUGAAACGGACAGUGAAAUAUCUCUGAUUUCCGAGCAUAUUGUACCAGUCUAGUACAGAAAGCCGUUUUAUGAGUAAUUUGUCACGAGACCCAUAGGAUGACUAGUGUUUUGUAACAGCAUCAAUACACUAUCUUACACUGUGUCAGUAUGAAAUGAUGACGUCUGACUCACUGCAAACCAUGCAUUAUGUGCUUAAUUUUUUACCUUCUACUUUUUAUCCUCUAUGGUGGGUGGGACUUUUUCGGUGUGUAUCUGGGCAGAGUUUAGAGCUUGUAGCAUGUAUGGUCUCAGCACACAUGUACGAGAAGGAUGUGCCUGGUCUUCAGAAGGAGUGCAUUAUGGUAGCUGUGUGCCACAUUGGAGGGCAAGCUUAGUUUACGGGCACUAUGAAAAGAUGGGUUGAGUGCAAUGUCAAGCGAACUGAGAUUCACAGAAAUAAAAAGGAAAAUUAAAGCAUAAAGACCCACCUCUCAUCUUGGUUCCGUUGCUGCUCUUUCUGUUGCAGAUUUGAGUUGACCUAACCCCUAGCAAAGACUCUCUAAACUACAUUUCAUGAAUUGCACCGAUGAAGUGUAGACUGCUACACGAAAGUCUCGCUCAAACAAUUUUUUUAAAAGUGUUCCUAACCGUUACUAGUUCCUUCUAAACUAGUUAAGUUAACUUUAUGUUUACAACAUGUUCUUUUCUUGGCUCAUAUCAACUCUGCUUUUGGAAGCCGGUUCAUCUGCCAGAUGGACAUGGACCAGCUGAUUUUAUUGAACCAGCCUCGAUUUCACACAGCAUCUGUUGAAAUUACCCAAGCAGCGCAAUGCCUUGGCCCAAUAUUGGCAGCACAUCGGCAAUCCCGGCCCAAUAUGGGACCAGUGUUGCCAAUAUCGAGCCAGCAUUGGGUCAAGAUGUUGUGCUGCCCAGGUAAAAUGCAUACAUACAUCUUGAUGCACAGGGCCACACGUUAACAUUUGUAGCUGGCAGGGCGACACACCCUUCCCUUUCUUUUUUCCCUCCAUUUCUUUCUUUUUCUCCUUCGACCAGCGUUUUUGGGCUCUUUUUCUAGGACAGAGACCGUCGCAACCCACAUAUGCAAUUUUGUUUGGGGUCUGUUCGUGCACCCAAGGCGUUCUGUUUCAACAUGUAGACUACAAGGAAAGAACAGUUUUUAGAAGUCCUCAAACCACCACCACACGCACACACACACAAACACAUAGAGAUCUUCCACACGAUGGGCGUUUUUCCACUGUUUACUCUUGAGUAGCUUGUUAGGUGUUUUUAUGGUAUUGUGAGUAUCCCCCCGUUGAGCUGCGACUCCUUUGCAGACGAACAGAUCGUGGUUGGAUCGUAUGUGCCAUGGUGUGCAUACUGUUGCUGGACACCCUGAUUUGUAGCGACGUAAACGAGAAAAGAAAAUAGUGUUCCUGCGAUGGGUGGUGACAUCAAGUACAAUUGUAAAUAAAUGAGAGAAGGCUAUACAUAUAGUAUCUGUCGCAUGAAACGCUGUCACCUGUGCAAAGAGGGUCACUCCUGUUGUUAUGUCGAUCUUUCGCUAUAUAUUCUAAGUAUAGAGACUAUUUCUUCAAAGAUUAUGAAAAGUGGUUGAUGCUCUUGAAGAUGUUAUGCAGGCUUUUGCUUUGAGCUGCACGUUAUUUUUGUCAGGUUUGUAGCGUUAACCUGUAUCGUGCACUACGCCCUUGGCCACCUACGUGCCCUUGGCAGUGUCCUAACAAUGUGGAAAAAGUAUGCACAUGCGCGCAACUAGCAAAAUACCAACAACGACACAUAUGUCUUAUUCUUUUUUUUCUUCUUCUUCUUGGUGACUGUCAGGUCUGCGGAACUUGUGUGUAGUGUUGUUGGCCUGCUGAUCUGAAACUGGCACGUUCCAUUUCACUACAGUCGCAAUGUUUAUGCUUUGGACAACAUCAGUGCAGACCGCUAUAAAUGUGAGGCACAAUACAUUCCAGUGCUCUUAUAUCGUUCAAUUAUAUUUGAGCAGGAAGUAUAUAUGCAUGUUAAGGUGAGUUCCUUUUUUUCCAAUUAUAUUACGUGAAUAAAUUAUGCGAUGCUGCUUGUUUUGUACUUAUCACAUGUUAAGAAUAUUGAGGUUUACACAUUAUUUUAUUGCUGAAGUGGUAAUACAAAAAGCUAUCUGUGUACUCUUAUGUAAAAUGCUACGUGUAGUGUGUUCGUAAAUGAGUUCCCAUAUGAGGCAUGUAGGGUGUCCCACAUGGAGCAGUCUACAUGAAUCAGAAUAGAAACAGUGCAAUAUCCACCUUUCAAUAUUAUGCUAAUAUAGCUUAUAAUUAUACGAAACAGAUAUAGCUCUCUUCUUUUGAUUUUGUACCUGUGUGGUCCCACUUAGUUGGCAUUGUUCAUGUACAGCAGAAACGAGUGAUUAAUCAAUUGAAUGAUUAAUUAAUCAAAUUAUUAUUUUACCCCAGUGUAGGAUAUUCACUUAAAUUUUUCUUUUUUUUUAAUAUGUAUAAUAUAUUUUGAGACUUAUUUUUGUACAUAUAUUUAGUAAAUCACUAUAGAAGUGUUGUUUUUAAUCCUUGCUGCAAAAAAUCAAACUGUAUCAGGAACUUCAGCUCAUGACGGCAACGAGUGACUUUCUGUUAUGUUCAGUUGUAGGUGCUCGAGAGUCUGUGGUACCUCAGCUUAGAGUAUGAAAAGGGCUUUACACAAAUUAUCCGACAUUUCUCAGCACAAUUAAUUAGUUUGCACCAAUUAGUUACCUUACUUCUACUGAGUGGCACAUGAGAAAUUGAUUCUUGGAAAGUCCUGUCGCUUUCGGUUGUGCAGACUGGAUUAGCUCGAUAGCUUAGUGUGCCCACUCUGCGGAUGCUUAUACCAAAGACGAGAUACUGUGAUACUUUAUUUUUUUGCCCACAUGGUUUGCUCGAUAUGGGGCAUCCUGCAUGCUAUCAUUAUAUCAUCUGGAAUCAAGAGAUCAUCUAAACAAAUCCAGUCGUGAUCAACUUUCUUCUGUCGAAUCUGCUGUGGUAGCCAUGAUUUGCUCUGUCAAGCAAGUGCCAACAAGUGACGUACGUAUGUUGCGGCUUUAAAGGAAAAUUUUCCUUUUUUUUUUUCACCUUUUGAUGUUUCACUGUUGGGUGUCAUCGCUGUUGUCGUCAUUGAUGUACCACGUGUGUCAAAAUUUGUGCGUUAGAGAACUUUGUAGGAGUGUUCCACAUGCUAAAGGCUUUGUCUGCUGACACACAACAGCCGGAAAAUUCUGAAUCGGAAAUGUGUGUCUGGUUUGUGGUCUGUUACUGUAUGUGCUACCGUUUUUAGUGGCAGAUGUAAUAGAUAGCUGGAGCCAGAUGAGAAAUUUACAGCGAGAGCUGCUGCAAUAAUCGAAGCUUUUUCUUAAUUGCACACUCGGAAAAGUUGUUUUUUCUGUUUUGCUUGUUUGCUUUUUUUUUUCAGUGCAGUCGACAAGUCCAGUGUGGGCAGCCGAGCAACUGCAUAUUUUAAUGAAAAUUUUCAAAAACGAAAGUAAUAUGUGCAAACGAUACAGGACAUAAAAAAAAAUCUUGGGUGAGCUAUUCACAGUGUUGAACCAUGGAAGAUGAUGGCGGAGAGACGGUGAUUCAUCUGGGUUUAUGUAUACGCUCCCAAUACAGCUGUCUAUAAAAUUUAGGCAGAUGGAAACAGAAAUAGGCACGUAAAUGUUAUUUUGGAUCGCUCCACGUUGAUGAUUUGUAACCAUGAUGCACCGUGUGUGCAAGGUGGAGAGGGGAUUUGGAUUUCCAGAAUUCCUUUUGCUGCUGUGGCUUUUUUCGUAAUUAAAAAAAUAUAAUUUUUCGUGCUUCUUGACGACUGCCGUGAUGUUUGCCAAGAUAGCAGUUUGUGAGGACAUUGGUCUACGCUGUGGUACGCUAAACAAGAUCAAAUUAGAGGGCAUGGUCUAUGAACACCUGCGGAUUCAAUUUAAGACCUAUCAUCAGACAACUAGAUUCAAGAAAAGCAGUCGUGUGACCUUUUAUCUAACAUCGCCUACUUUUCGGAGUGAAAGUCUCUUUGUAAUCAACAUCCAAUGUGUGUACUCAAUUCGCAGUUAAAAUUCGGGCUGGUUGGUACGACUUAAACGAUUGUUCAUCUAUCCAGUACUGGCGGUCCUUAUCGCUUUUGUUUGAUUCACAGUGCAUACUCAUGUUUUGGUGCAAAAUGACAAUCCUCCCCUUGGUUUUGUGAUUGAAACAGUUUAAGCUUGCCUUGUUAAUUGUUACUGUAGCGAAAACUUUGUGUACAUUAAUGCAUUGCCUCAUCCGCUUGGCUUGCUUGGUUUUUGUGCCAACCUACUAAUCUUUUGGUCUUGCACUUUUUUCUCAAAGUGGAUGGCACAGGUUUAGCUUUUCAUGCAGUCGUUGUUCAGUUUAAUUACUCUGCAGAAAGCCUUUGUAGAAACAGUCCCUUAGCUCAAUUAAACUAGACCACUUUUUAUUGACAAAUUGUACACCUUUCUUCAUUCCUAGAAAGGUAACACUUAUGUAGUCUGAAGCACAAAUCUUCUACCAGACACUAUAUUACGAAGUGCAAUGAAUGACACCUUGCCUAGCGAACAAUGUACUUCACUUUGUCUCGCUGUUAAAGUUUGAGAUCGAGGAUUCUGAUGGUGUGAACAUUGAUACGCUUUUGUGUUCCUUGUGUGGAAUUAUUUGGUUGCUGUAGAACGAAAAAAAAAUUUUUUUUUCACACCGGUGAUUUGAAAGGGGAAAUUUUCAACUGUUGCUUGACCAAGAAUGUUCUUUAAGAAAUAUGUUAUAUUUUUCCUUCGUUUUGUAUUUGAGUUUAUACUGUAAUAUAUAUUUGUUAUAUUGACACUACAAUGUUGUAAAUAGUUGUGGAAACAAAGAGUGUAUAAAAGCUGUACCCCCAUGGUGUUUUGUUCACUAAUGCACAUUUACUGAAGCGACAAGCUCCGGAAAGCGGUGUGUUCUCUCUUAGAGAUAUUCCCUCACACGUGCAAAUAACGGGAAAGAUUCUGUACAUUUGUUUCAGAAUAAAAUAUCGGUGGCAGUAAAGCAUA